UUACCUUCGUGCCGAGAAGACGUCUAGCGGAGGCGCAACUUCUUUCUAUCGACAUAAAAGCUUAAAGAGGAAGCUUCUCGCGGCUGAGGAAACGACAAUGCAGACCGCAGUCAAAGCCAUUGCCAUCAUUGGAUUGGUUGGAAAUCUUGUCGUUCCGAGCUAUCCUAUGGUGCACGCAUCGGUUCCUGCUCUCCGUGGAACUAUGGCGCUGGCCUUUUUGACUUCCUGCUUUGUCGGAAGCAAUGCCUAUCUUUGUGAAAAACUGGGUGGACCGUGCAAGUACAAUAAGGACUGCUGCCACCGGCUCGUGUGCCUCCAGGUGACCAUGACCUGCGAACCGCGCGGACCACACGCGCGGCGCGCCCGGAUCUCGAGAACGAAGCCUGUGACGAGGCCCGGAGGCAGAGCGGCUCCCAUGAGAACCACUGCGAUGUAGCCUCGUGCACCGCCAGAGGCGGAUUUCGGUAUUCGCGCUGAGCGGACGUCACCAACGAAUGUCUUUAAACAGCAGGGCAUUAUUUCGAGUCAUGCUGCGAAACCUCCAUCACCAUCUGCUUCUCGAUUGCUCGGAAAUACGUCUUCAAAUCCACCCGGAAAUGGUGGUCAUAGCACGCAACGGUAUUCAUUAAACGUGAUGUCGCCAACGUCAAGUAGGAAAAUUGCCCGCAACUAAACAGUCAUUAUGCAUACAGUGAUUCUGCUGAACAAAAAUAAAACAAAGUUUCUUCCAUGCUCUGCGUUCAUUUGC